ACGUCACUGGUUCCGUCCCAACACGGAAAUAUGGAAAAGUGACAAGUGCAUAUUGUUAUUAUGGAUUCAAAGCGGUGCUUCUAGCUCAGCUUUCACCGUUUGGACUACCAGAGCGAUGUUAAAAGGCCGGUGUCGGUGCUAACUCAUUUUGUGAGAGAUGGACGCCUGCCGCGCUGGAAAUGGAGAGAGAGUUCGACCUCUGUUGUUAGUUGAAUAGCGUUUAGUCCUCGGUUUGUUCAGAGCCAUGAAACAAAGUGUUGCGGGGGUCAUGGGGGCUCUGGGACGACUGCUGCUGUCUCUCCUCCUGCUGUCCUGGGAUGGCAAGCUAUUUCAGGUUGGAGGGGUCAGAUCAGUCACUCUCCCAGAAUCCCUCCUGUUUGUCUCCACUCUGGACGGCAGUCUGCAUGCUGUCUCCAAACAGUCCGGAGACAUCAAGUGGACCCUCAGAGAAGACCCUAUUAUUCAAGUACCCGUCUACCUCACAGAGCCCGGUUUUCUCCCAGACCCCAACGAUGGCAGUUUGUAUGUCCUGGGUGGCAAACACAAGGAAGGCCUGAUGAAACUGCCUUUUACCAUACCAGAACUGGUUCAGUCAGCUCCCUGCAGGAGCUCUGAUGGUAUCCUCUACACAGGUAAAAAGCAGGAUGUUUGGUUUGUGGUGGAUCCUGAGACAGGCGAGAAGCAAACCAGUUUAACCACCUCCACCUCUGAAUCCAUCUGCCCCAACACUCCUCUGCUCUACAUUGGACGCACAGAAUACAUGAUAACCAUGUUUGACACCAAGACACAGGAGCUGCGAUGGAACGCUACGUACAAUGAUUACUCUGCUCCGCCUUACGAUGAAAAACAGGACUACAAGAUGGCCCAUCUUGUGUCGAGCGGUGAUGGCCUCGUUGUGACAGUUGACAGAGAAACAGGGGACGUCUUGUGGAGUCAGAAUUACGGGUCUCCUGUAGUGGGGGUCUAUCUGUACUCUGGUGACUCACUAAGACACGCCCCCCACCUGUCCCUCGCCAUGGAAACGCUGCGCUUCCUCACCUUUUCCUCUGCAAACGACCAGGCAGACGCACACUCGACUCUGAAGUGGAGCUAUCAGUUUGUGAAGGAGCAAGCCACGGCUCAAGCACAACUUGUACCCACUCUUUAUGUAGGAAAAUUGAACUCCCACCUCUACGCCUCCACUUCCCUUGUUCACCAUGGAGUCUCAUUAGUGCCUCGGGGACUGACCUUGGGUCGAAUUGAAGGUCCGUUGACGGCAGGAGUGACGGUCAGAGAACGAGGGGAGUGUGAGAUCACACCGUUCACUGAUGUGCGCUACCCACCGGGGAGCACCAACAGCCUUAAGAACCAAUGGCUGCUAAUAGGUCACCAUGAGCUGCCUCCAGUGGCUCACACCACCAUGCUGAGGGACUUCCCUGUUGGCCUGCAGCGUUCGGGGGAGGCAGUCAUCCCCCCCCGACCCACUGCCUCCCCCGCCUCAUACUACCAUCAGCGCUACUUCGAGGCAGUUGCUGAUAGCCAUGGCGACACCCGUGCUAACAGAGGAGGGGUUAAUGGGAAGAUGUCGGGACAGGCUCAGAGGCCGGCCGCUGUGCUGCCCUUCUCCAUGACCCAGGACCGCCUGACUCUGGCUGUCCUCACGCUGCUGCUGGGGGGGUGGCUGGCCUUCGUCUUCACGUACCCCCUUCGUGCAGCUCAUCAGCUGAAAGCUCAGAGGCAAAUGGAGGAGGCGUUUGAGUCUCGUCUCCAGCGCAUGCAGACCAACAUGCAGACCAACAUGCAGACAAUGAGCUCUGUUUCUUCAGACACAACGCUUUCUACUGACACAAACCUCUCCAGUGACUCUCAGCCUGCCUCAGCUGACCCUCCACCGAGUCCUCACACUCACAGCAGCAGCACCUCAGAUGUCGAUUUAAAUGUCACGUCUGCGUACAACCCUACAGCAGAAGGAAACAGUGAAGAGGUGCAUGUUGGAAAAAUCUCCUUCACUCCAUCUGAGGUGCUUGGACACGGCACUGCAGGAACUUUUGUCUUCAGGGGUAAUUUUGAUGGACGGCAGGUAGCGGUGAAGCGAAUACUGCCGGAGUGUUUCGAGGUAGCAGAACGUGAGGUGCAGCUGCUCCGGGAGUCUGACACUCAUCCGAAUGUCAUCCGAUAUUUCUGCACAGAGAGAGACCGCCUCUUCACCUACAUCGCCAUCGAGCUGUGCACCGCCACCCUGCAGCAGUAUGUGGAGGAUCCGUCUGGUUUUCCUGAGCUGAAUCCGAUAACUCUGCUGGGGCAGACCAUGUGUGGCCUCUCACACCUCCACUCCCUCAACAUAGUCCACCGUGACUUGAAGCCCAGAAACAUCCUCCUGUCUGGUCCCAGUGCGCUGGGGCGGGUCAGAGCGCUCAUCUCUGACUUUGGACUCUGUAAGAAGAUCCCAGAGGGCCGGUGCAGCUUCUCUUUGAGAUCAGGAAUCCCGGGAACUGAAGGGUGGAUCGCUCCUGAAGUACUGCGGGAUACUCCGGGAAACAAACCGACGGCAGCGGUGGACGUCUUCUCGGCAGGUUGCGUGUUUUACUACGUGGUCAGCAGGGGGCAGCACCCCUUCGGUGAUAAGUUAAGACGGCAGGUGAACAUCCUGUCAGGAGAAUACUCACUCUCGCAUUUUAUGGAGGAUAAACAUGACGACGUCAUAGCACAUGAUCUGAUCGAGCGGAUGAUCUGUGCCGAGGCGGGGUCCCGGCCCUCCACCGCCUGCGUCCUCAAACAUCCGUUCUUCUGGAGCCCUGAGAAGCAGCUGCUGUUUUUCCAGGACGUGAGUGACCGCAUCGAGAAGGAGCCCGCCGACAGUCCGAUCGUGGUCAGACUGGAGGCAGCAGGACGGGCCGUGGUUCGAACCAACUGGAGGAUGCACAUCUCUGUGCCUCUGCAGACAGACUUGAGGCGGUUCAGGACGUAUAAAGGAAACUCAGUCAGAGAUCUGCUGAGAGCCAUGAGGAAUAAGAAGCAUCACUACCACGAGCUGCCUCCGGAGGUGCAGGAGACGCUCGGAGAGCUGCCCGAAGGCUUCAUCAGCUACUUCACAUCACGGUUUCCACGGUUACUGAUGCACACACACGCAGCUCUGCACAUCUGCUCACAUGAGAGACUGUUUCACCCCUACUAUCUGCACCCCAACGCCAAAUAGUAAUGACAUGGCUCUGCACUCUAUACUCACACACACACACACACACACACACACACACACACACACACACACACACACACACACACACACACACACACACACACACACACACACACACACACACAGAGAUACACUAUUGUGCGAUUUUGUGAGCAAGAGAAAUCGCUAACAGUGCCCCGUUAUUGCUUUUGUAAAGCCCUUACUGUUUUUUAGGGGGAAGAUACAGUGCUGUGAAAAAGGUUUUAUAUGGCUUGAGUUGUUUUUAUAGAUUUAUCUUGUUGUUAUGCAGCUGUUGAAGAAGCACUCAAAAUGCAUCUCUCCACAAAAGCUGCAUACAUUUUUUAAUUGAAUAAUAUACAAUGUUUUUAAACUACAUCCAUCCGGAUCUUUGUUUUCAAUUAAAUGAAUAUUUCAGCAACAUUUUACUUAAAAGUCCCAAACAUGUUCAAAACAUGAGGGAUAUUUUAGUUUUAAUUAAGUGUCGUCUGAUUUUGUAUGAGAGGUACUAAACAUGGUAAAGGGAAUAGAUUUUUUAUAAAUAGCAGCAACCUGUCCUCGGUUAUGGCCCUGGUUAGAGCAUUCAUUACAUUAAAUUACAUGACAUGACAUGUCACUUGUUAGACACUUUUAUCCAAAGUGACUUACAUACAUUCAGUUCUGUGGGCAGUCCCCACAAAAGCAAACAUUUUGCACUAUGGCCAAAAAAAAAUCCAGAAAACAAAUCAAUUACUUUUCAGUCCAUUUGACCAGAUUUGAUUGGAAUAUGUUUACAAUGUUGAGAUUUUCAUCAAGGAUUGAAAAACACACCUGUUUGACACAAUAUAUUAUUUCAGAGGGGUUUUUGUUUAUUUAUCUUUUUGCAUAUUUAAGAACGAGAUUAACUGGAAACAAAAGGGGGGGGGGGUUUGUGUCUCACCGACUACUACCAACUAUUUUUGAAAUUGGUCCAGUAUUGAGCGAAGGAGCUGCAAACGGCAGCCGCUUAACAGCACGUUGUUUAAUCAAAUAAAUGUUUCAGUAGAGAUGGAAUUCAAUAGAUACAAAUAUCAUUGGCACAUUUUUUAAACUGUUUGGAAAGGACCAUACAGAUAAAAAAACAAAUGUUUCUGUCAUUGUGUCUAACCAAGACUUGCUCAGGGACAACUCUUGUUCUGAUAUCUCCCGUUGCGUCCACACUGUUGAAAUCAGCUUAAUAAUAAGCCAUGGCUUUGUAAAUGAUUUAGAUAACACCGAGCUACACUUUCUGAACAUCGCCACACUCCUCUCUUUCUGUCUUCUGGCAAUAAGUCACACGGCACAUUAACAAACAUCCCGAAACAAGCAAAAGGUAUAAUAACACUUUUAGACCUCUUCGGGGGUGAUCCCUCAUGUUGAAAGACACUUUUAAUAACAAUCUGAGCCUGCAUUUCGCAAAAAACACACAUUUUCUGUGGACUUCAAUUGACUGCCAUCUGCAGCUCUCUCACUCAAUACUGUUCCAAUUAAAAAAAGUAUCUUUCCUAUUAGUCACUUAGACACAAAGAAAUGAAAAAUAUGGUCUAGGUUGAAGGAAUACCAACUUCUCCCCUUAAAUAGCACCACUUGUUGGAUGACAGUGUGUCACAGCAUUCGGCAUCUCAGACACUGGACAACAGGUUUUAUGGAAAAUUCGACUUGUGCUGCUGUUACACGUUUGUUUUGUCAUAGGAUGAAUCCCGGUUUCUUCGAUGCUGCUGUGCUUUUUUCAGCUCCUCUACCAAAGACUCAACAAUAUUGACCUUGCUGUUUGUUUUCAUGUGUUUGUUAUGUGUGUCUGGAUGUAGCUACACUGACUGAAGAAUGUACUGAGCCUUGUUUUUCACUAGAAGCAGUACAUGUAGCGUAAAAUAAUAUGAUUGACACUGUAAAAAUGUGGGCAAUGUGCAAGUGUGCAGGCAACAUUGUAACAUGCUACAUUUGCCCAUUUCAUUUUUAUUUAAAGAUAUUUGAUGUUUCCCUUUCUUCAACAGAUAUGUUUCUCCUGAAUGUCAGCAUUGCUUGAACUUUUUGAUCCUAAAAAUAUGCACCUAAAUGCUCACGGAUAUAUGUGAAAUAUCUUUCAGUAACUACUGGAUGAAGGUUUUUUGCAUUGGUCUGCAGUAGAAUGAAUGAUGAAGAAUCACACUUUUGUACUUUUUUGAGUGAAUUAAACUGAUGCUUUGGGUGUGCCAAAGAUGAGUAAAUCAAA